AGAUUCUUAGUUACGGUUUGACGCUUUACUGAUCACCAUCAAAUAAAGUUACGCAAAGCUUUCGGGAAAAAACAACAACCUGCAUAUUAAUACGUGAAAACGCGGACUCAGCCAUACGUCAAAUAGAACAAAACUGACAAGAAGCGUGUGCCAUUCUUAGGCUAAGAAAACGCAAGAAAAGAAAAAGUAAUUUUAAUAUGCAAACAGUGUAAACGCAGUGUAGUAGAAAAAGAAGAAAAAUAUAUUUUUUUACGAAAAAAAUAACCAUAAAUGUAGUGCUACGUGAUUUCUUUAAUUCUAAACAAACAAAAAAGAAAGAAAACACCACUUCUCCCUUCCUUUCCCUUGGAACUUUUCAGUGUAAUCAUGUCAUUUUCUAUGAAUAAAUUAAAAUCCAUUUUACCUGGCACUCAAAAUGGUUCUAUGGGCUCGAAACGUCAAUCGGAAAGUUUAGAACCUGAAAUCGGUUUUCAAAUCUCAAUAGAAGCCAAUGCUAGUGAACAGAAUGGUGCCAAAACCGUUAUACCCGAGUUAAAUGUAAAUCUAAUAGCAGCCCGCCAUCUACCGGCUUUGUUUGGCUUUAAAAUUGUUCAGGGUUAUUUGAUCAAGGUAAAGCUUUUCCCUGGCCAUAAACGUUUGGAUAGCAGCAUACAAACAAAUUCUUGGCCUAAAUUUAAUGAAACCUUCAAAUUUCCCUUGGCUCCAGAUAUCAAACCCUCCAUGAAACAUUCAUCACGUCGUGGCAGCAAAUCAACAGCACUAACUGAAUUUACGCCUGAAGAACUAUUUGCUGGACAAUUUGUGGUUUUUACAGUUUAUGCAUUAUUGGAAUUACCGCCAACGUCAUUUAAUCGUUUUAGCAAAACAUAUCGCUCAUUAAAAGAUAAAAGUUCAAAUUUAAUGCAAAAUAUAUUUGAAACUAGUCCCGAGAAACCGGCGAAUGAUGAUAAGGAAAAUAAAACCAAAGAACAGGAAAAGAAAACUAAACGUAAAUCUCAAGAUAUAAAUCCCAGGGAUUCUAUGCCACCUUUGACUAUUAGUGAAUCGAGAAGAAAUUUGGGUUCGGUUACCUGUUAUUUGCAGCCUAAACUUUUCAAACGCAAUUCUCGAGGCAUGUUCGCCACAGAAGAACUUUGGAUGCCUAUAAAGGAUAUAAAUACUACGGUUAAGAAACCCAGUAAUGACAGUAAUAAUAAUCAGUUGGCUAACUCUACCAAAGGUGUUGUUGAACUUGUCUUACAAAUACAAGAUUGUAGUGAACCCAUUGAUCCCACUCAUAAUGAUAAUGGCAGCACUAUAAAUAUCGACUCUUCCACACUAAGUCUUUCGAAUGGCAAAGAGGGUAGCGGCAAAUCGGCCCAAUCUUGGAAUCGUAUGACCUCCGAAAUGAAACGUAAAAUGGGUAUGAGAAAUGUCAAUACGAAAACACCUCACGGUAUGGUGCUAAAAAUCACUACCGCACGCAUGAGAUGUACGAAUAAGGUGAAAGAUGAAUUAGAGGCCACUGCGGGUAGUGUUUAUGUCAAGACAACGGUAUUUGAACAUGGCAUUUAUAUAGAUUCUUGGAAAUCGCCAAAUUUCUAUCCUUCACUCUCUACCAAAUGGGAGGUAGGCAAUGUAGAGCCCACCAUAACAAUACCCCUACAGAGUUUAGAUAAUUUAGAUAAUAUUUUAAUAAGAACGACAUUGGCCACUAAAACAAAAAUGGCUAAGAAAUUAGUAUUAGGCACUGUGGUAAUUGGUGGACCUUGUGCUGGUGCUUCGGUGAGCGAUAGUGGUGCUGAGCAUAUGGCCACUCUAAGAGAGACAGCUUUAAAUGAACGUGUUGCCAUGUGGCAUAGUUAUCAAUAGUAAAAUAUGUAAUAAUUUUUAUGUUUUAUAAUGUUUUUUUUUAUUUAUAUAAUCAUAUAUUUUUAAUAAUUUUUUGUUUUAAUUAAUUGUUAACGUAUCCAAAUUCGACAGAAAAAUCAAAGCAAUGAAAUGUAUUUUAUUUUCGAUAAGAAAUUUAUAUUAAAUUUAAUUUAUUUUAAAUAAAAAGAAAUUAGUAAACCCAAAAACUAUACCAGA